UUUGGGGAGCAUGGGGCAGGUUGGGGCAGGCUUGGGGUUUGCUCCCUGACGCGUCCCGCGCUGGCGGGGGGGACAGGGAGACCGGGAAACGGUGCGGCUGAAAGGGCGUCGAGGAAGCAGCAGACCUGGCCAGGAGAGGAGCAGACGGACGAAGCUGAGUGGGGCCCGGGGGGUUGCUGCGCUUUGCUCGUCAAAAUCAGGGGCAGAUUUAACGGAAAGGGGCCUCGGCGAAGCCCCAGACCAGCCAAGGCCCGGUGGGGUUGCUCAGGGCCCGGCCUGCUCUGGGUGCGGGCGCAGGUGCCCCGACGUGGGGGAUGUCCGCCUGCCCCUCCGUGUCCCCCGCAAACCCCGCGGGCUGGAAUCGCUGCACCCACCGGGCUGCCGCCGCCCGGAGCAGCCCGCCGCCCGCGGGGCCCUGCCGGCAGGGCACCGCCGUCGAUCCCCAUCCCGCCUCCGCACGGGGCUGCCGGGGGCCGGGGCUGCGCUUCGCGCCCUGCCCGCGCUCGCCCCGGCACCGGCGCUCCGGGCGCCCGCGGCGCCGCACCGCCUCCCGCCCGCCCUCGCUGCCGCUGGCCCCUCCCGGUGCGCCGCGGGAGGCACCGGCGCGGGCGGCCCCGGCCCCGGCUCCCGGCUCAGCGGAGCGGCGCGGGCAGCGCGGGGCCGCCCCGAGCGCGCCGGGGCCGCCGCCGCCGCCGCCGCCGGGACCGCAUGGCUCCGCCUGGCGCCUUCCGGCACCUGACGCUGGCCCUGGGGGCCGCCGUGGCCGCUCUGGGCUCCCUCCUCUUCAUCGCCUGGAAGAUCUACUUCCGCGGCAGCGGCACCGGCGCCGGCUGGGCCGGCUGGUGGGAGCGGGAGCUGUGGGAGCUGCGGGAGCAGCAGAGCCGAGACCCCCCCGACGGCACGCCGGACUGGAGGCAGGUGCUGGUCCUGGGGCUGGACGGAGCGGGGAAGAGCAGCGUCCUGCACUACAUCUGCAGCGAGACAGCCAAGGAGCGCAUCGCGCCCACACAGGGCUUCAACUCUGCCCGGCUGUACAUUGAGGGGCUGGAGAUGGACCUGCUGGAGGUGGGCGGCAGCCAGAACCUGCGGGCUUACUGGCCGCACUACCUGAGCCAGGCCCACGUGCUGGUGUUCGUGGUGGACUCGGUGGACAGGUCGCGCCUCCUCACGGCACGCCAGGAGCUGCACGCGCUGCUGGCUGAGGAGCCCCGGCUGCCCCUGGUCGUGCUGGCCAACAAGCAGGACAAGAGCGAUGCCCUGAGCGCGGCAGAGCUGCACGAUGAGCUGGCACUGCACACGCUCAGCGACCAGCGUGAGUUCUUCCUCCUGCCCACCAGCGCGACCUGGGCCAGCCUCAGCACCAGCACCAGCGUCCUCCACGUCAAAAGCCUGCUGGUCAGCCUGCUCUCCCAGCCCUGAGUCCUUGGGGUGCCCACUCAGACUCUGAGCCUGAAAGAGCUGCCUUUUCUGGGACUGCAGUGCUAGGACAGAGCCAGCGGGAUGGGAGCAGCCGGGGGGCUUCGUCGCGCUGUUAGCAGGCUGCUGGCCCUGCAGUAUGUUUGCUGCACCCUGGGAGGUUUUGGGAUAGAGCUGAGGUGCCGGCAGCCCUUGGGGAACACGAGCAGCAGGCUCCGAUCUCUGCCAAGGGGAGAGGGCAGCCACCUUGCCCAACUGAGGGCAAAGUCUCCCUUGGGACAGAGGCACAAGCACAGCUUUUACCUCCAGGUUAGCAGGCAGCGUGCAGCAUGGGGCAGGGUCCUGUGCCUUCACAGCAGCCAAGCAAGCUAUUAAAUGAAUGGGGCUAAACGAGUGAACCAGCCUGCUCAACUGCCAGCACAGACCGGCUACCCCAGGAUGAUGGAGAGGGCACAGAGCAGAGUGGCAGCGCCCACAGGAGGCUUUUAUGGAAGGGAGCAAUUCCUUCACCCCACUGGGACAGUACCAGUACCCCUCGGGCACAGUGUCUUGCGCCAGCUGGGUCCCCAGAGCCACCAUGCAGAUACGUACCUGACAGCAGGCUGAUACGGCCCCUCACUCGCAUGAGGGAUGGGAAGGGAUGAUAGCCUGCAACAUAUGGUGCAGGGCAGGGAGAACAGCUGCUCCAUUUUACCCAGGCUCUAGGGAAGAACGCUACCCGUCAGCUCCCAGGGCUGUGCAGAGCAGCAGUCCCAGCAGAGGAACUGUCUUGGCAGCUUUCCUGAACUGAUAGAGGUUACGUGGACUCUCCCUCCUGAGAAACAUGCUGAGUAACUGCUUACACAGCCCUGCCACCCCAGCCAGCCAGGCCAGCAUUGGGCACACCAGUGGGAAUAACCAGCUUGGUCUGCUGCUCACCUGGGGCGGAGGCCCAGCUCUCAGCACUCCCCCAGACUUUGUACUUAAAGCCCUACUAGAGAGAGGUAAAAGCAGGAAUCGGGCAGCCCUGCACUACCCCCUCACCCUGAGCAGGAAUAAGGUGGUGGUUGUUAAGAAUCGCAGCAAGCAGGAAUUUGCCCACCCUCUGGUCUCCCUCCCUCUUAGCUGCCCCAGGGAAGGGGAAGGAGCCAGGCUCAGGGUUUGGAGCCAGGCUCAGGGUUUCCACAAGCUCUGCCUGCCUGUGGAAAGGUUGCUGCUUAGGCCACAGUACACGGAGCCCUGGAAAACUGAUAGGGGAAGCUGGAGAACACAUCAAGAAGAAAGGGCAUGUGCUGGUUGGUCUCUGCUGUGAAAUCUUUUGUAUAGUGACUCCUUUCAAUAAAAGAGAUUGAUCACCCUG